AUGCUUAAAGGUGGCCGGAUAAAUUUAGGUACAUCGUUCCCGAUACUCGCCGAGAGUGUUUUUGGUUGGGUUGUUUCGGGUAAAACGGACUUUGAAACCCAAAACGUAACCUGUUGUGUUUCCACCCUAGAGUCUAUUGACCGCAAUUUGGAGCGGUUUUGGAAAGUAGAUGAAUUGGACUGGUCUAAUAUUACCCCAUCUGAACAAUAUUGCGAAGAUUUUUACACUAAGACAGUAUCUAGAGAAUCUUGUGGACGAUACAUGGUUAAAUACCCCAAGAAGGAACAAUUUUCUGCUAUGGUGGGCAAUUCCCAUUUGCAUGCAGUCCGACGUCUACAAAGCCUAGAACGAAAACUGGACAAAGAUGAAGUAUUGAAGAAGAAUCAUCAUGAUUUCCUCGCAGAAUUCUUGAAAUUGAGGCACAUGCGUGCGCUGGCAGGGGAUGCAGUCGAUCCACCCAAUGUUUUUUACCUCCCACACCAUGCUGUCCUUAAAGACUCGAGCACAACAACCAAGGUACGAAGUGUGUUCGAUGGGUCUGCUAAAACUAGUACAGGUUACUCUUUGAAUGAUGCACUUUUAAUCGGACCCGUAAUCCAAGACGAUCUUCUCAGUUUGGUUAUAAGAUUCCGCAAGUACAAAGUGGCGUUACUAGCGGACAUCGAAAAGAUGUAUCGUCAGGUUUCCAUUCAUCCUGAUGACCGCCCCUUGCAGAGAGUUUUAUGGAGAUUUAGCCAGGAUGAGCCUAUUGCCAAAUACGAGCUAACCACUGUAACUUAUGGGUUGGCACCGUCGUCGUUUUUAGCCACUAGAACGCUUAAGCAGCUCGCCGAUGAUGAAGGUGGCACUUUCCCACUAGCUGCCUCAGCAGUAAAAAAGGAUUUUUAUAUGGAUGACUUCAUCAGGGGCGAAUCCAGCAUUGAAAGGGCGAUCCAGUUGCGAAAAGAGAUGAGUUGCUUACUCAAUCUAGGCGGAUUUCGGUUGAGAAAAUGGUGUUCAAACUUCCCAGCUGCUCUAGACGGUAUUCCACCUGAAGAUUUGGCCACACAAUCUAGCAGAACUUUCGAUCCAGAGGAAACAAUAAAGACUUUAGGCAUAAGUUGGGAGCCGUCGUCCGAUCUAUUCCGCUUUGAUAUAAACACUAACGCAGUUACUGAACCGAUUACCAAACGAAGCAUUCUUUCGGCUAUUGCUCGAUUAUAUGAUCCGCUCGGAUUGAUUGCCCCGAUUAUAAUUCGAGCUAAAAUGCUUCUUCAAUUGCUGUGGACGUUAUCGCUAGAUUGGGAUGAAGAUGUACCGGGCGAGGUACAGACGAGGUGGAAAGGUUUCGCUUCGGAACUGCCUGAUUUGUCAUCGUAUCGUAUCAGCCGCUACGCAUUUGGUGAAGGUGAUAUACAAUUACAUUGCUUUGCAGACGCAUCGGAGGCUGCGUAUGGAACAUGUGUUUAUGCUCGAUCGGUCAAUGCAUUAGGAGGAGUGAAGGUUGAGCUCAUCGCAUCAAAAUCGAGGGUAGUCCCACUAAAACGACGCAGCAUCCCACGGCUGGAAUUAUGUGCGGCACAACUUGCUGCACAUCUUUAUGAGAAAGUUUAUUCAGCUUUAGAUAUGAAGUUUUCGUCAGUAUGGUUUUGGUCGGAUUCUACUGUGGUUCUACACUGGCUCAGUUCGCCCCCUCACACCUGGAAGACCUUUAUUGCGAACAGAGUAGCAGACAUCCAAGAAACAACCCGUGGUGGAAAAUGGUGUCACGUUCCUGGUGCAAUCAACCCGGCUGAUCUAGUUUCCCGCGGUAUGACAGUGGAGCAGUUAGUGAAUAGCAGUGUAUGGAGACAUGGACCACAUUGGAUGCAGGGGGAAUUAAAUGACUGGCCGAAACAGAACUGGAUAACAUCGACCACACACUCGGAUGAAGAACUGGAACGCAAACACUCUGUCCUUACUAUUCAAACCCCAACGCCACCCAACCCCUUAGUAGCCCGUUUUUCGUCCUAUCUUAGAAUGGUACGUACGACCAAUAAAGCAACCUAUGGGACAGCUUCCGCAUGCGCGAGUUACCCCUAG